ACCCGCCGCUCCCGCGUUCCGGGCUUCGCUCCCGGCCGGCCCCGCCCCAGCGGCUGCCCGGGACCUGCCUGGGCACGGGGAGCGGCACGCCGGAAGGCGCAGGACGAGUUCCGUUCGCCAUGGGGCUGUUUGGCAAAACCCAGGAGAAGCCGCCCAAAGAGCUGGUCAAUGAAUGGUCAUUGAAGAUAAGAAAAGAAAUGAGAGUUGUUGACAGGCAAAUAAGAGACAUACAAAGAGAAGAGGAAAAAGUGAAGCGGUCUGUGAAAGAUGCUGCCAAGAAGGGCCAGAAGGAUGUCUGUGUGGUUCUGGCCAAGGAGAUGAUCCGGUCCAGGAAGGCUGUGAGCAAGCUGCACGCCUCCAGAGCCCAUAUGAACUCGGUGCUCAUGGGGAUGAAGAACCAGCUCGCGGUCCUGCGCGUGGCUGGCUCCCUGCAGAAGAGCACAGAGGUGAUGAGGGCCAUGCAGAGCCUCGUCAAGAUCCCGGAAAUCCAGGCCACCAUGAGGGAGCUGUCCAAAGAGAUGAUGAAGGCUGGGAUCAUAGAGGAAAUGUUGGAGGACACCUUUGAGAGCAUGGACGACCAGGAAGAAAUGGAGGAGGCAGCAGAAAUGGAAAUCGACAGAAUUCUGUUUGAAAUCACAGCAGGGGCCUUGGGCAAAGCACCCAAUAAGGUGACCGACGCCCUUCCGGAGCCAGAGCCGCUAGGAGCGAUGGCUGCGUCCGAAGACGAGGAGGAAGAGGAGGAGGCCCUGGAGGCCAUGCAGUCGCGCCUGGCCACACUCCGCAGCUAGGCCCUCCCGCUGCUUGCACACACACUCCUCAAGAGCCGCCAUUUCCCGUUUUCUUGCACUACACCUUUGCGGAGGCGCCGCACCCAGGAGAAGGUUCUCUGCUCAUCUCUUUUUGCUCUCUGCAGAGGUUUUGGGGAUUCCCAAGGGGUUGUUGUUCUCCAGGUGGUGUCAUUAAACGCAUCUUUCUCAGGCGCUGGAAUAGCAGAAGGAUCCUUUCAGGGGGAGGGUCACGCAUUCCGUUCCCUCUGAGGGGAUCACUGGAGGGCUGAGAACUCUCCAUUUUUUUGUCUGUAAAACACUAUAUCCAUGGACUUUAAUAAAGUUCUGCUUUAACAUUUGGAUGCAUUGUAGCUUGUCACGUGCAGGCUGUUUCCUCCAUGGGCCUGGAAAUGAGAGGAAGUGCUCUGGCCAGGCCCAUGGGCCAUACAUGCCCAACGAGAGUAACUUCUGCCCACUGGGAGCUGCCCCUCUUCUGUCACAUGGUGAACCAGGAGAGACUUGGCCGUUGUGUACCUUGUGCUGGCACUCAGCUGGCUGUAUUAUGUCCUGGGGUGUAGGUGGCUGUAUUUACAGUUUGCCUCACUUCCUCCCCAUGGCAGUUUGCUCCCAGAAAAGGCAGUUGUGGAAUUGCACUAGGGCUCCUCCACUGGCACGUGGCAUGACCCUGCUUGGAGCUGCUUGUCGUGGGCCUGAGCCAUGGGCUGCUGCCCGUCAGUGCUCAGGUGAGUGUGGUCAUGCGUCAGAAGCAAUUCUCUCACACCUGGGAUGUUCUUAAGAUAUCUUCUAAAUCAUUCAGUAGGAAUGUUUGGUGUGUGUGUGGCAAUUUAUGAAGCUGUUUGGCAUAUGUGAUUUUUCAGUCUUUAUCAGCAAGGAAAAUGGCUCCACUUGCUAAUGUAAACAUCCCACCCCACAGGAAGCAUAGAUUCUGGGUUCAGAUCACAUCUCUCUGACCAGGCUUUGUAUGUGCACUAAAGCAGCCAGGCGGCAACAUGUCCAGCAAGAUAUGCCCAGCUGCCUCCUUCAGAAGUUUUGCAGUGAGAUCCUGAAACAGCAUGCUCCUUCCACUCUGGCACAAAAUAGCAAUGUUCAAACCAGAGGAGCCUCCUGUUGGCUCUUGCCUUCAGCCGCAGGAUUUAGUUGCUUUUCUUUAGCACCUAUAAGUGAAGGGUCAUAGCAAAACUGAGCCAAACACCCCAAGUUCCCAGAUCUGCCCCUGCCUCUCGCGCACUGUCCACCUUCCUUGGUGUCCCUACUCCAGUGCUACACGUUACCAUGGAGCCUGCAUUGAGUUCCCAUUAGGUGUUUGUUCUGUGGGCUUGCGCGCGCACACACAUACACACACACAUGUAUAUGUGUAUGCCACAUAUAUGCCAUAGUAGUGUUACACAGAAUAGUGUCAUAGCCCUAAGGAUGCUGUGCUCCACCUGCCAAUACUCACUCCCACUAAACUGGCCUUUUUCACUGUCUCCAUUGCUUUGCCUUUUCUAGAAUGUCCUAUAGUUGGAGUCAUAGUUUGUAGCCUUUUCAGACAAUCCUUUUUUUCUCCCUCAUGUCUUGUUACGCAUUUAAGUUUCCUUCAGGAUUUCUCAUGGCUUGAUAGAACUCACUUCUUUCUGGGACAGGAUAUUAUUCCAUUGUCUAGAUGUACCAUAAUUUAAUCCAUGCACCUGUGUACAUCUUGGGUUGCUCCCAAGUUUUGCCAAUUAUGAAUAAAGCUGCUAUAAGUA